AUGAUUAAAUUAGAAGCACAUACAUUUCACAACAAAAAUGUAUCUCAACCUGCUAUGAUAUAAGAUAAAUCUCCUAUUUAUAUGGUAAGGCAAAAGAAAAUUACUUUCAGGAGAGAAUAGAUAAAUAAUGAUUCGAACUUCUUGAUUCAAGUAUAUAAAAAAAUCUAAUCCAACAGACUGAAGAUUCAUAAGAAAUAAUAGUAAUCAAGCCUGAUAAUCCAGAUUUCAUUAUGAAUGACUUCACUAAAAUAGCUAUUCAAGAGGAUAUCUCAGAUUUUUAAGCUUUGGAAUUCCACAACAGAGCUGCAAAAUUAUUAGAAUUUUAUACUUUACAUUAGUAAUUAAUUCUCAUUACAUAGAAUAUAAGUUUAAUAUACAUCUGUCCUAUUCUCUAAAAUUAAUUAUGCGAUUAUAUUGAAGAGAUAUGCAGCAUAUGAUGAAUCCUUAAGUUUAUUGUUAGAUUGUGAACAGAUUCUAAAAAUUAAGGGGAAAACUUUAAAAAAAGGGACAUUUGAUACUCUCUAAAUAGCUAGAAUGAUAUAAAAUAAACUACUUAGAUUGAGAAUAAUGUUUUAAAUUACCUUAUUAUUUUCAGAGACUAAAAGGUAAUCAUUACAAUUUUUAGAUAAGAAAUAAAUAGGCCUUAGACAUAGCUAAAGAUGCUUUAAAGGUUUUAAGAAACAUUAUUUAAUCGACAAUCAAAUUAUGUUAACAAAUAGCUCUAUUCAACAAUAUUAAUAAAAAAUAAAGAGCUAAUUCAGAAAUCAAUUCACCCAUUUAAAAAAAUUUACAAUCUCAGUCUAUUAGCUAACCUUAAUAAUAACCUUAAGCAUUGAGCUAUCCUUAGAUAGUGGAAAUAGUUUUUAAGGAAAUUUUGAAUUCUAUAAGGAGUGUUAUGCCUUAUGAUGAGAAGUAAAAUGAAAAUGGUAGUUAAAAUAAUUUGUUAGUUCGUAAUCAUUAAAAUAGAAGUUAAUCUUUAUUUUCAACAGAGUAAAUCUUUUAGACUCAAACGAAUAAUUAAUAAAAUAAACUAUUCACAAUUAUUGAAGACAAUCAUCCUAUGUUGUAAAUGCAAAUAUUAGGAUUAAUGCAGUUAACAAAUGUAGAUUUAGAGGAAUUAUUUCCUAUCAAUAGUCAUGAAAUGGUUUUGGCAGAAGAAGUAAUUUUAGAGUUGGUACUUCAUUUACUAACAUUUUUUAGAUUAUGCUAACUGGUUUAAGUUUUUAUAGUAUUUCAACCGAAUUAAGAUUUAUGAAUAAUCAACAAAAUAAAAUGAACAUAGAAAUUUGGUUAGGAAAAGCCUUGGAAAUGUUUUAUACAUUUGUUCCACAUUCAAGUUUAAUUUUCUCUUAGAUCUAUUAGGUUUAUCAAAAACUUUAUGGUGUAGAUAAGCAAUCAAUCGUAUUUUAUAUCAAUCAUUAAAUUAGCCUGAAGAUGAAGAAGUUGAAUAUCAUACUAAAUUGCUAAAACCACAUGCAUUUAAUAAUAAGGCCACACUCUCGAAUAAAGUUGUGAUUAUUGUCAAAGUCCCUAUAUUAAAUAAGUAAACAAAAGAACCAUUAAAAAAAAUGAAUCAACCCAAUUCAACAAUUACAAAACUCUAAUAAUCUUUAACAGCCAAAAAACAAAUUCUAUUUCCUUAAAAACAUUCUGUCACUUAAUAUGAAACUGAAAAAAAGGUUGAAACAUAAUAAGAAGAAAUAGAAAUUUCACCUAAACAAUAAUAACAGCUCUUUAUUAAGAAAAAUAAAAUUCUCUAACCCUAAUUAGAUAUAAAAUAGAGAGUUGAAAUUCUAAUGAAUUAAAUUUUAAAUUAAUAAGCUAAGCUCACUUAAGAAAAGUUAAAAUAAAAACACACACCAAUUACUACUCUGAAGUAGAAGUAUCAUAUUAGCAAUAAAGUUUAUGAUGAACCUAAAUUGCUAAAUCUCACAACUUCAUAAUAAUUAAAAACCGCAAUUCCUGUAAGCAGAUCAUUGUCAAACUCUCGUAAAGCAAGUUAAACCCAUCUAAAAAAUUAGAAUAACAAUAGCUCAAAGACUGCUUAAUUAAGAUAUAGAACUCAGAUCAACACUCUUCCAGGUGAUGAUUCUUCAAAAUAAAUUGCGUAAUAGAUUUCUACUUAGGUUGCUAGUUUAAAUCGGUAAACUAAUGUAUCAUUUUUAUUAUAUUAUUAGAAAUACUUCCUACUGAAACGGAGUGAUUCUGCCAAGAAAUCAAAAAUUCCAUUUCAAUAGCAUUGA